CCACGCUGCUAAGCAACCACAUCUAACUGUACAUUAGUGGAAACCGACAUUCUUAAAACAGCUUCCUUGAUUGGACAAUGAUAGCGCUCUGAUCAUUCAGCACGACGCUUGUUAGACUUGGAAAGCGGUGUUUGGUUUUGUCUAGCUAUUAUGUUUGGAAAGAUGUCAUCCAACCGGACUAUCGGCAACAUCGAGUACAUGAAAAAAAGAAUCCCACAGAACCCCAAAUAUCAGCAUGUUAGAACGAGGCUCGACACAGGAUGCAGCCUGACCAAGUAUAUGGAGAGGCUGGAAGAGAUAAAGACAAAUUACAGGUACAGAAAGGAUGAACUCUUCAAAAGACUUAAAGUUACAACAUUUGCACAGUUGGUAAUUCAGGUAGCAUCAGUAUCAGACCUUAAUGAAAGUGUGAGGGAAGACGAAACACCAAGGCUGGAAGACAACUUGUCUGGGUUUUCUGAAGCAGACGCGGAGCAUCCGUCUCAGCAGACCAACGAUUACCUGCUGACCAGCCCCACACCGCCUCCAUUCAUAGACAAUGAUGUAGGGGACGCUGGACACACCCCCAGAUCCACACUUCAAAGUGUAAUAAGUGGCGUGGGAGAACUGGACCUGAAUAAGAACGGACGAAAGAAUGUGACAUUGACGCCCGUCACCAACCCUUGCCUCCCAGAAUGCCCCUACCCAGAAUGCCCCUACCCAGAAUGCCCCUACCUGCUGCUGGACGUCAGGGACAGAGAGCAGUAUGACCAGUGUCACAUAAUCAGUGCAUACAGUUACCCUAUUGCAACCCUCUCACGAACGAUGAAUCCAUACACCAAGGAAGUGCUGGAUUAUAAAAACAUGCCUGGUAAAAUCAUUAUAGUCUAUGAUGAAGAUGAGAGGAUUGCAGCCCAGGCAGCCACCACUAUGUGUGAGCGCGGCUUCGAGAACCUCUUCAUGCUCUCCGGAGGACUAAAAGUGAUUGCUCAGAAGUUUCCUGAAGGGAUGACAACAGGCUCCAUCCCGGUGUCGUGCCUCCCGUCUCCCACCACGACAGCCGGCAGGAAACGCUCCACUCCCAGACAGUUACUCCUGCCAGCCGAAAAGAAGUGGAGGUUCACUUCAGACGACCUGGCCAACAUCCAGAUUCACCUGGAGGAGAUGCUAGUUCCCUCAGCUACCAACAGCCGGCUCAGCAGCCGCUCGUCCGCCGGCAGUGCCCAGUCUAAGUCGUCCAGCGCUCGGAGUGUACGGGCGUCCUCCCUGGCCGGCUCUGAACCUGCCAGAUCCCAGAGCAGCCGGCCGUGGAAAUAACAAUCAGCCUUUCUCUCCCACCCCUCAACAGUCAAACCUAAAUAAAUAAUUUCACUACCACCGCUGCUGUGCCCCUCCCCCUCUGUGAACGGAGUCUCCACCUUGGCCCGGGUGCUCAGCUCCACUCCUCAGGGGCACAAGACCUGCUGGGUUCGGCAUCAUCCUGGGAUUCAACGGAUUGUCUGCUAAUUUACAGUGAUUGUCACUACAUCGUGAGCAGAGCUGUUAAUGCACAAUCCGGGUCUUCCAGGUGGAGUCUGGUACCUCCGUCCACUUUUAAGAGGCCUAGUAAAGGGUUCUCUAUAACAGUUUUCCUGUACAGGAAAAUAUACGUUUUGCUGUAGAUUUGACCGGACGUGCAGUGAAUACAAGAAAAGUAAUUGAGUGUGAUCAUAAGGUGAUUUUGCUCUGCACUGAAUAAGAUAUGUAAAUAUAUUGUUAUCUCGUAUAUUGUGCUUAAUUCAUGAGCCAUUCCUCCUUGAUCUGUUGGUGAUUCCAGUCACUGGUUUCCAGCACUUCAUCUUGACAUUUUUCUAGUUUGUCUCUCUCAACACUAAUUUUCUAUAUGUCAUAUCACGAAAGUGCAACAGAUAAUAUCUUAUGUUGCACGUUCCAAAUAACCAGAAGUGUGUACUGUUGUUUUAGGGCAUUCACUGAACAUAUUUUUAACUGUAGGGAUAAUGUAUUGUGUAUCAGAUGCCUUUUAAACCGUAUUUAUAUGGGAAAGUUAAAAAUUUGAUCAAACAGAUUCUCUAUUUUCCAACUUAGAAGAUGCUAUUUUUGAUGUUACAUUGUCUUUGCCUAGUGAUCAACCUUCUUUGGAAUGUGCUGAUGUUACAUGGAGUGUCACGAAAGCACUAUGUGUUUGCAGUCAAGGACUUGGUGGUGGCAUGCGUCUUGUAACCUACAGCGACGUCACAUUGAUGAAGAGGGCACUACGGGAUAGUACUCAUGCGAAUUUAGAUAGGAGAACCUUGCUACAUCCGAUCCAUUUGAAAAGAAAAUGUGAAACAGUAUUUGUGUUUUUGUCUUGAGUCUCCGGCCUAUUGGUUUAAAGGUUGUUGUCUUAGAUGUCAUUGGUUGCUCUUGAGAUGAAGAUAAGCGCUCUAACUGAAAAGUUGUGCUUUUGAGGGGUGCAAUAAUCUUUUCUGGCUGAAGCCUGGUCUGUUUGUGUGAGGAUCGGUGAUCUGCCUGUGUGAAACUGUAAAUUCAUUUGAAACUUUCUGAUCAUAAAGACAUACUUUUCUUUCAAACCGUAUCAUCCAUUGUUUGAAAGGAAAUAAAAUGUCAGUUGUUAUUUUUUUGUAUUUUCUAUGUUAAAUAAAAUGCACAAUGUACA